AUGGCGACCAGCCCCCUGCCCACCCCCACGGACAUUUUGCUGCCAUCUCCAUCCAGCGCAUACCCACCGGACCCCAUGAGCCAGCAGCAGCGUGCUGGCCACGCCGCCAUGAAACCCAACCAAGUGGGGCAGGUGAUCCUCUACGGCAUCCCCAUCGUCUCGCUGGUGAUCGAUGGGCAGGAGAGGCUGUGCCUGGCGCAGAUCUCCAACACGCUGCUCAAAAACUUCAGUUACAACGAGAUCCACAACCGACGCGUGGCUCUGGGCAUCACCUGCGUGCAGUGCACACCAGUGCAACUGGAGAUCCUGCGGCGCGCCGGGGCCAUGCCCAUCUCAUCGCGGCGCUGCGGGAUGAUCACCAAGCGGGAGGCAGAGAGGCUCUGCAAAUCCUUCCUGGGGGAGAACCGUCCACCCAAGCUGCCUGAUAACUUCGCUUUUGAUGUGUCCCAUGAGUGCGCCUGGGGGUGCCGGGGGAGCUUCAUCCCCGCCCGCUACAACAGCUCGCGCGCCAAGUGCAUCAAGUGCACCUACUGCAGUAUGUAUUUCUCCCCCAACAAAUUCAUCUUCCACUCGCACCGCACUCCCGAUGCCAAAUACACGCAGCCCGAUGCCGCCAACUUCAACUCCUGGCGCCGCCACCUCAAGCUGACAGACAAGAGCCCCCAGGACGAGCUGGUCUUUGCCUGGGAGGAUGUCAAGGCCAUGUUCAAUGGAGGAAGUCGCAAGCGGGCACUGCCGCCCGCACCCACUGCCACCACUCCCGGGACCGCCGCUGUCCCCCAGUGCCACGCGCUGGGCUCGGUGAAGGCAGCGGCCGUGGUGGGGGGUGGCUUGCUGGCCCCACACCUUCUGGCCGCAGCUCCCCAAGAGCUGCAGCAGAAGCGGCCACGCUUCGAGGAGGACGAGGAACUGCACGAGGCCGUGGCGGUGGCAGGAGGGAAGAGCCCGCGGAGCUACCCGCUCAUCCCAGUGCCCAGCAAAGGGGCCUUUGGAGGAGUGCUGCAGAAGUUUCCAGGCUGUGGGGGCCUCUUCCCGCAUCCCUACGGCUUCCCCGCAGCCUUUGGGCUCUGCCACAAGAAGGAGGAGGGCAGCGGUGCGGGUGAUGCCCUCGGAGGGACGGCGGCCCAUAAAACCGGAGGGGGGACAGCAGGCGGAGGGGGGCUCUCCGGGCUCUUCUGGCCCGGCAGGAAGGAUGCAGCCUUCUAUCCACCCUUCUGCAUGUUCUGGCCGCCCCGCACUCCAGGUGCGCUGCCGGUGCCCACCUAUCUGCAGCCCCCUCCUCAGCCACCUGGAGCAACUCUGGGCUGCGCACUGGGGGACGGUGCUCUCCGGCAGGCCUUCCUGGACCUCUCGGAGCCCGAAGCGGCGGCCUCGGAGCCCGCAUCGCCUUCCGCCUCGGAUGGAGGGAAUGGGGCAAGCGGAGCCCGCGUCCCCCCACACCCAUUGGAAGCGGCCGGAGGCCACAAGGCCGCCAGGGGAGGCUACCACCACUCCAGCGCCUUCCGCCCAGUUGGGGGCAAGGAAGACUCGGAGAGUCUGGCCAAGCUGCACGGCGGCGGCCCGCACCGCCCUGCGUCUCCACUGCAGCUCCUGCUUCCCCCGCCACCCCCACCGCCGCCCCCCCCACCGCCGCCCCCUGAGGAUGGGGGCUGCGAGCGGCCUCCAUACCCCCCAGCGGGCACCUUCGCCAGCGAGGACAGCAGUGAGGAGGAGGAGGAGGAGGAAGAGGAAGAAGAGGACGAGCCCGAGGUGGACGUCGAAGGGCACAAACCCCCUGAUGAGGAGGAGGAAGAGGAUGAGGAGGAUGAGGAGGAGGAAGGCGAGGAGGACGCCGACCCCCUGACGCCCACCGCUCGCUUCCCACCCAGCAGGGCUCUGCCAGAGAAGGCUGGCCACGACCGUCCCCCCACCGCUGGCCACCCCUUCACCCGUCCAGCUGCGGAGGAGAAGCCGGGGGAAGGCCGUGCCCCCAGGGUGGGCAGCGGUGGCAGCAGCCCAGUGCAGCACCCGGCGCCGGAGGAGCAGCCCUGCUACAAAGAUAAUCAGAAGAGCAAGGAGGGAAACCAGGUCGUCCUGCCCACAAAGGAGGAUAACUUCUCAGAUAAGAGCAAGGAGCAUAAUUUCUUCAUCACGGAUUCUGAGCCUUCGGGAGGGGACUUCUGGAGAGAUGCAGCAGGUGAACACACACAAGAAACCAAUUCACCUCAUUCGCUGAAGAAGGAUGUAGAAAACAUGGGGAAAGAGGAACUCCAGAAGGUUUUGUUUGAACAAAUUGACUUACGGAGGAGGCUGGAGCAGGAGUUCCAGGUGUUGAAAGGAAAUGCAUCUUUCCCAGUAUUCAAUAAUUUUCAAGAUCAGAUGAAACGAGAGCUGGCAUACAGAGAAGAAAUGGUGCAGCAGCUACAAAUUAUUCCCUAUGCAGCAAGCUUGAUCAGGAAAGAAAAGCUGGGUGCACACCUCAGCAAAAGCUAA